AUGACUGAGGAACUCAGUGCUCUAUGGACACAAAUUGUCAAUGUGGCAUACCGGGCAGAACAUGUUAUUGACUCUUGCUUGAUUGGAGAUGGUCAAAUUUGCUACCAUGUUAUAUGUCUUUCUGAUAUCAUAGAAGAAAUUAAGCUCAUUAAAAAUGAGUUUAGGAAAAUCAAAAGUAAGGAAGUCUACAUCAGAAAAAUCAGUGGCAACAAGGACUCAAGUAGGACGCUUCUAGCUCGAGCUAAUACUUCAAAACUUGAUGAAAUUGUGGUGGGGUUUAAAGAUGUAGCAGAAACAAUACUGGAUAAACUCAGGGGAGGAUCAGCACGGCGUGACAUUGUUACAAUUGUGGGCAUGGCAGGACAAGGUAAGACAACUUUGGCUAAGAAAAUUUAUAAUGAUCCUUUAAUUCAGUAUGAUUUUCACAUAAGUGCCUGGUGCUGCAUCUCUCAAGUAUAUAAAAAGAGAAAGUUACUGCUUGACAUUUUAAGUCAUAUUGUCGCACGUGAUACAAUAAUUACAAUGACUGAUGAAGACCUAGGUGAACGACUUUGGAAAUGUUUGAAGGGACAUAAGUACCUCAUUGUUAUAGAUGAUAUUUGGGAUAGCAAGGCCUGGUAUGACAUAGAAAGAUUCUUUCCAGAUGACAACAAUGGAAGUAGAAUUAUGUUUACUUCUCGAAUCCACGAUGUGGCUUUGCAAGUUAAGCCCAACUCCAACCCACUUCAUCUUCGUCCACUAUCUAAUGAGGAAAGUUGGGAGUUACUUGAAAAGAAGCUGCUAGAAAAAGGUGAUUGUCCAUCACAUUUGUCCGAGGUUGGUGAGCACAUUGUGAAACUGUGUAAAGGGCUACCUCUGGCGAUUGUUGUGAUUGCAGGUCUUCUUACAAGGGAGACACAUAACAAGAUUAAUUGGAAGCAAAUAUCUGAACAUCUAGGUUCAAGACUUGCAAGUGAAGGGUACAUGGACAUAUUAGAGCUAAGCUACAUGCAUUUACCGGAUCAUCUGAAAACAUGUUUUCUUUACUUUGGAGCACUUCCAGAAGAUAAAGUAAUUAGCGCUCAAAAGUUGAUCAAACUAUGGAUUGCAGAAGGAUUUGUACGAAGAACUGGGAUAAAGAGAUUGGAAGAUGUGGCCAAGGAGUACUUUAUGGAUUUAGUCAGGAGAAGUCUAGUAAUUGUUACAGGAAGAAGUUCCACAGGCGGAAUCAAAACAUGUUACAUUCAUGAUCUUUUCCGUGAUUUGUGCUUAGCAAAAGCAAAAGAAGAACACUUUUUUCAGUUGGUCAGCAUCUCUGGUGGACAUGAUCUUCCUCAUUUUUUACUGAAUCCCGUUAAUUAUGACCAAUAUCGGUUAAUGGUUUAUGGCGAUUGGGAUCAUUUUGUCAAGUCCAGACCUGAUGGCCUUCGCAUCCACUCUCUUCUAUUCUUCGCUGCAAAUUCUUUGAAUCCAUUCCCUUGUGCUAAUGCCUCUAUAUCUUUUGAAAGAUUCAAGCAUCUUAAGGUGUUAGAUUUGGGCAGCAUCUUUUUUGGCAGUUAUUUUCCAAAUGAAAUUACAGUGUUAGUUCUGUUAAGAUACUUGGAAAUCGGGGGUAAGUUUAAAAAUGUCCCUUCAUCAAUAGUGAACCUCAAGACCCUUGAAACUCUUGUAAUCAAAUCUGGGACAUCGAUUGUGUUACCAGCUAUCAUUUGGAAGAUGAAAAGUCUGAGGAAUGUGGAUGUCAAAACUGACUUUGUUUUUGUGGAGGAUUAUAACAGUUUUGCUUCAUUAUCAAGCGUGGAAGUUCUGUCAACAGCUAGGAUUUCUCUUUCACUAGUUACAAUGCAGCUAUUUGGAAGGUUACCAGCACUUCGAAAACUCAGCUGCAUAUUUGUAAAAUCACGGUCAGGCGUCAGCAGCCCUUUUGAGUAUCGAUCAUUGUUUGACUCCUUGAGAAGGCUAGAGUCCUUGAAAAUAAUUCAAUGGGAAGCUUCGUGUCUCGAGUUUGAUCAAUUCCGAGCAUUUGGAAUUCCAAGAACUCUCAAAAAGCUGACUUUGUCAAGGCUUGGCCUGCCCUGGUGGGCAAUUUCAGCAAUUGGACAACUAUCCAGUCUUGAGGUUCUCAAAUUAAGAGAACAUGCUUUUGCAGGUCCAAAAUGGGACUUAGAAGAUGUACAAUUUCCAAACCUCAAACACUUAGAACUGUACAAUUUGAACAUUGAAAAGUGGAUUAAUGUCUCAACUGAGUCCUUCCCCUGCCUCCACCGGCUUGUUCUGAGACAUUGUUACAGACUUGAGGAAAUCCCACCUUGUUUUGGAGAUGUUCCCACCUUGAAGAUGAUUGAGGUUCGUUUCUGCAGCGCAAGAGUCAGUAAUUCAGCCAAAAGCAUCCUCUGUGAACAACUGGACAUGGGAAAUGAGGACCUUGAAGUCCUGAUAUCUUAA